GCGACAACCGAGUCAGGAUAAAAAGCCCUCUCGAAUCCCUCACCGAAACAGAACAUAGGCAGGCAGCAGAACUUGAAAAAGCCCAGAAAACCCUAAAAAUUUUCUCCAACAAAUACAAAAAUCUCUUCCUCGAUUCUCACCCUCGUCAAAAUUUCCCAAAAUCUCUUAUCCAUGAAUUCGUUUUCGUCACUUCCCUAGCUUUCCGUCAACGUGAUUUUCAUAGCUUUUGGAGCUCUGAAAGAGAGAGGUUCAGCUAAUUCGAUUUUCUUUUCUUUUUCCUUUUUUUUUUGCUAAUUUGAUGCUUUGAAGGAACGAAUCCAUGAAAAUGGCUCUCAAAUCUGUCUUCGAAGCAAUAAUGCCGUGAUUUUCGUUCUAAGAUUGAAAUCAUGGAAGUUGUAGCUUUUUACAAGUAUCAGUUAUGCGGUAAAACCGUAAAAAUCAGCUCUUUCUGCCCUUAUUUCCAAGAUGGGUUGUAUAUGUAGAGUGUAGGGAGAUUUGAUGACUAUCAAGGGUAUUGUUCAAGAAAUGAGGGGCGAAAUCGGAAGCAUUUCGAGGAAGGGUUUUGAAGCUAAGAUUGGGUAUGGAUUUCGGUCACGGUCGCAGAGAUCGGUCGUUCAGGAUGUUUUGGUGCCAGUGGUGCCAGCGAUCGACGGUCUGAAGCAGAGUUGUUGGGCGAACAUGCCGCCAGAGCUGCUGCGGGAUGUGCUUGUGAGGUUGGAAGCGGAGGAGAGCGUUUGGCCUGUGCGGAAGCAUGUGGUCGCUUGCGCAGGGGUUUGCAGGAGCUGGAGGGAGAUCAUGAAAGAGAUCGUGAGGACGCCAGAGAUUUCUGGGAAAUUGACAUUCCCAAUCUCCUUGAAGCAGCCUGGCCCUAGGGACUCCCUUCUUCCAUGUUUCAUUAAACGGAACCGGAGCACACAAACUUACCAUCUUUACUUGGGUUUAACUCAAGCAUUGAAUGAUAGUGGAAAAUUCCUACUCGCUGCACGCAAAUGUCGACGUCCCACCUACACAGACUACAUCAUAUCUCUAGAUGCCGAUGAUAUGUCGAAGGGAAGCGGUACCUAUAUUGGAAAAUUGAGAUCGAACUUUUUGGGGACCAAGUUUACCAUCUAUGAUGGUCAUCCUCAUGCUGGAGCCAUGGUCACAAAAAGUCGUUCCAUGCGGCUAGUGGGUUUGAAGCAAGUCACCCCUAGAGUCCCUGCUGGCAACUAUCCAGUUGCUCGCAUUGCUUAUGAGCUGAAUGUUAUGGGUUCCAGAGGUCCGAGGAGAAUGCAGUGUGUCAUGGACUCCAUUCCUGCAUCUGCUGUUGAGCCAGGAGGUGUGGCUCCCACUCAGACUGAGUUCCCUCUCAGCAGCCUCGAUUCCUUAGCAUCAUUCCCAUUCUUCAGGUCCAAGUCCACCCGAGCAGAAAGCUUGUUAUCUGGACCAUUGUUUGCCCAGAAAGACAGUGUACUGGUGUUGAAGAACAAGGCUCCAAGGUGGCAUGAGCAGCUCCAAUGCUGGUGUCUGAAUUUCCGAGGACGGGUGACAGUUGCUUCGGUGAAGAAUUUUCAGCUAGUGGCCUCAGCAGAAAAUGGGCAGGCUGGGCAGGAGCAUGAGAAGGUUAUUCUCCAAUUUGGGAAGGUGGGGAAAGAUUUGUUCACCAUGGAUUACCGGUAUCCAAUCUCUGCUUUUCAGGCAUUUGCUAUCUGCCUCAGCAGCUUCGACACCAAGAUUGCUUGUGAAUGACAGACAGUUUUCAUUGUCUGUCUACUAAAGCAGCCAACUUCCAGAAGCAGUUGUUGUGGUUAUGUGACUGGUGCUCUGUGAGAGCUCAUGGGAGAAGCAAGGGUGGGGGCCGAAGUAAGACGAGAAUGUGGUUGAAGCUGCUGGUGGGGCAAUAUUCCAUCUCAUAUUCCAUCUCCUCUCCCCUUUGUAUAUUUGAUGUGUUGUGUACAGAACUGUUCCAAUAUGGUUGGGCUAUGUUCAUGCACAGCUGCCCUGGAACUGUAUCCUCCUGUCUUCUGCAGAAAUGAACGGAGCGGUGCUCGUAUUUAUUUGUACUUCUUUAUCGUGUGAUGAGGAAAGGCCCACAUUGCAAGAUUGCUGGUGGUUCAAUGGUGUUAUGGGAAUCGUUUGCUUGCAAGAGAGCUGUAUGUUGUUGGUUUGUUCUUUUGCUUUUUUCUUUUUCUUUUUGUCCCCUUCCUCUUAGGUUGGUACGACAUGGCAAGGAUAUUCUCCUUAACCAGUAUAUGUUAUUAUGUAAAUGCUACUUCAUGACUUCCACCCCCGUGUUUAUGUCUAUGGAAAAAGGAUUGUCUGUGCCGCAGGCAUGUA